AUGAUGAUAAGUGACGGCAUGGGCCCAGCAUCUGUAGCAUUCACCAGGACAUAUUAUCAAUACACUCAGGGGGAACCCUUUGAUUACCAAAUGCCCUUGGACACAAUCCACGUGGGUCAGUCUCGAACCCGUAGUUCGUCAACACUUGUCACAGAUAGUGCAGCCGGAGCCACUGCAUUCAGUUGUGGGCUUAAAACCUACAACGGAGCAAUAGGAGUCGAUCCUAGUGGAAACCCAUGCGCUACUGUUCUUGAGGCUGCAAAACAACAGCAUGGAAUGAAGACAGGCUUGGUUGUCACCUCUAGAAUCACACAUGCCACACCCGCCUCGUUCUCGGCCCACGUACAGGACCGAGACGACGAGAACCAUAUUGCGGUGCAGCAGAUAGGCGACAAUCCUCUGGGCCGCAAUGUGGAUCUGAUGAUGGGCGGAGGCUAUUGUCAUUUCUUGCCCAAAUCAAAUCCACAGAGCUGCCGUGGGGACGAGCGUGAGCUAUUUAAAGAAGCAAAGCAAAAUGAUUGGAACACUGUGGAGUACAACAACAGAUCGCAUAUGGACUAUUCGAUUGACAGAGAUCCUACAAGAGAACCCAGUCUGACCGAAAUGUCUGCAAAGGCUCUAGACAUCCUCUUACAUUCAACCAAGUCUACCGAAAAUGGUUUCUUUUUGAUGAUCGAAGGCAGCAGAAUUGAUAUGGCCGCUCAUUCAAACGAUCCAGCUACCCAUGUGCAUGACAUUCUGGAGUACCAGAAAACGAUCGCCUAUGUAAAGAGAUUCGUUGACCAGAAUCCCGGAACAAUCAUGAUAUCAACCAGUGACCAUGAGACAGGUGGACUAUCAUUAGCACGCCAGGUCUCUCCUAUUUACCCCGAGUAUCUAUGGUACCCGGACGUAUUGACCAAGGUUAGAAAGUCAACCGUAUCGGUGGCUCACUAUAUCAAGGACAACAGAUUGUUCGGCAAGGUCGAUAAGAUCGUGCCUCUUGUCAAUAAGUAUCUCGGGAUUGAAGAUGUGACCAAAGAAGAAGAGCAAGGCUUGGCCAAGAUAAAAAAAACAAACUUGAUGGACUUUUACCUUGCAGAAAUGGUUUCCCUAAGAGCUCAGUUAGGAUGGGCUACUCUUGGUCAUAGUGGAGUUGAUGUUAAUCUCUAUGCGUACGGACAAGGCACUGAUUCUCUACGCGGCAGUCAUGAAAAUAUUGAUAUUGGACAUUUCAUGGCCCAAGCUCUUCACCUGAACCUCACAGAUCUCACCAGAAAACUCAACAAGUAA